ACCGGACCCUCGCUCAGCUCACAGAGAACGCAGAACAUGCAGGCAGAGGAGUACACGCGCAGAGGUAAGGAGCUGGUGGAUUAUAUUGGUCAGUAUCUGACAGAAAUCCGCUCCAGACGUGUGCUCCCUGAUGUCCAGCCAGGAUUUUUGCGCACCCUGCUGCCCUCCUCUGCUCCCUGCGAGCCAGAACCAUGGGAGAACAUCCUGCAGGAUGUGGAGAACAUCAUCAUGCCCGGGGUGGUGCACUGGCAGAGUCCCCACAUGCACGCAUAUUUCCCUGCACUGAACUCAUGGCCGUCUCUGCUGGGCGACAUGCUGGCUGAUGCCAUCAAUUGCCUUGGCUUCACCUGGGCUUCAAGUCCUGCCUGUACAGAGUUGGAGAUGUGUGUUAUGGACUGGCUGUGUAAAGCUCUUGGGUUACCAGAUCAUUUUCUGCACCACCACCCAGACAGCCGUGGAGGAGGAAUCCUGCAGAGUACGGUCAGUGAGUGUACGCUGGUUGCACUGCUGGCUGCCCGUAAAGAUAAAAUCCUGCAGAUGAAAAGCAGCGACUCUACAGAGAUGCUCAGCGACUCGCUCACAGACACAGACGAGUCCAUCCUGAACUCCAGACUCAUUGCCUACGCGUCUGACCAGGCUCACUCCUCAGUGGAGAAGGCUGGUCUGAUCUCUCUGGUGAAGAUCCGUUUCCUGGAGACGGAUGAGAAGUUCUCUCUGAGAGGAGAAACGCUGCAGAGAGCCAUCCAGGAGGACCGGAGGAGAGGACUGCUGCCCGUCAUGUUGUGUGCUACUCUGGGCUCUACAGGUGUGUGUUCGUUCGACUGUCUGGCUGAGCUGGGACCCAUCUGUGCUCGUGAGGGUCUCUGGCUGCAUGUGGACGCAGCAUAUGCAGGCUCUGCCCUCCUCUGCCCCGAACUGAGGUACUUCUUGUCUGGAAUGGAGUUUGCUGACUCAUUCGUCUUCAAUCCAUCAAAGUGGAUGAUGGUUCACUUCGACUGUACUGCAUUCUGGGUGAAGGAUAAGUUUAAACUGCAGCAGACGUUCAGUGUGGAUCCUCUGUACCUCAGACACGACAACUCAGGGGCUACAGACUUUAUGCACUGGCAGAUUCCUCUCAGUCGUCGUUUCCGCUCAUUAAAGCUGUGGUUUGUGAUGCGCUCGUUUGGUCUGAAUAACCUUCAGGCUCACAUCAGACACGGGGUGGAGAUGGCCAAACUGUUCGAGUCUCUGGUCAGAAGUGACUCCAACUUUCAGAUUCCAGCAGAAAGACACCUGGGACUGGUGGUCUUCUGCCUCGUGGGUGGAAACGCGCUGACCCAGGAGCUCCUGAGGAGGCUAACGCAGUCGGGCACCAUGUUCCUGAUCCCGGCCGCGGUGGGCACCAAACUCAUUAUCCGCUUCACCGUGACAUCCCAGUUCACCCAGCCCGAGGACAUCCACAGGGACUGGAGCAUCAUCCAGCGCACGGCCGCCGAGCUGAUGAAGCCCGGGUUCGGCACCCGCCCGCUCUCCCUCAGCCUCAGCACCGACACCGAAGCCUCUGAGGAUGAACAGGAGACCCUGUGGCAGGAGCAGGAGGCGGAGAAGCUGGGCGACCGCCUGACCGAGGGCAGGAUGAGGCUGGAGCCCAUGAUCGAUAAGCACUUGGUGCGUCAGGGCCAGAGACGAGCCACACGCUCCAUGAGCUGCAGCGCAGAACUCCCGCCCACCAGACCAGACUCCACCCUCAACCUGAGGGAAGCCCCGCCCCCUGGAGCCCUGGCACAGAUCCCGGAGAGUCCGGUGCCCACCGAGGGCCGCAGAGGGCAGAAACGGCUGCUGAAGUUCCAUAGCGUGCCCAGCCUGUGGCAGUGUGCCAUGCAGCAGAUGUACAGGCCGCUACACUGGAGCACCAGCAGAGCCAGCUACUUCACCUGCUGCACGCUGACGCAGAAAUAACGGCAGAACAUCUGCUGUACACGACGUUCCCUUUUAGCCCAGAUCUAGCUGACCGGCCGAGACAUAUCUGGAGCCCAAAUUUUGUGUCUUUAGUUUGGCGCUGGAGCUACGAGGCUUUGAUAGCUAUAGUGUUCAUAGGCAGGGGGGGUAGAGUUAAAGGGGUCCUCCUACUGACCCCUGAGCCACAUAAACCAUUUGCAAUCACCACACAGUCAAAUCUGAUACUCCAGGGCUCCCACUACAGCCCUAUUCCUCCAGAAUGAGAAACUGAUAAACAAUAUUUAAAUAUAUUCCAGGCAAUGUUAAACCUGUAACUACAGCGGAUCCCUUUUUGGUCCUAUAUAGAACCCUUUUCGAAAAGGUCCUGUAUAGAACCCUAUGAAACAGGUUUUCUCCGUCAGGUAAUUGUUAAACUUCCCACGGUGAAUCGUCAACCAGAUUAACACCAAAUUAGACCAAUUCCACCGGCCUUCCCGUCAAGAUUAUGAAGAUUAAGAUUCCCUUAUUAGUCCCACAACGGGGAAAUUUCACCUCCGCAUUUAACCCAUCCAUGAAGUAAACCACCACAUACACUCUAGUGAGCACACACACACUAGGGGGC